GACGUGCCGCGUGUGGAAGUAGGAAAUUAACGACCAAUGGAACCGUCGAAGGCGGUCUUACUUGUCCAGCCACCUUGAUUUCUAAGCCCACUUAGCUUACUAUCGCUCAAGUUCUUCGCAUACGCGCAUCUGCGGCUCUUAUUGUUUGUUUUUUUAUCAAUAGAAUUGACACAACUAUCCGUCCGCGAUUCGAGCGCGCAUUGAUAUUUCUAACGUUUUGAUUUUACCGAUUUUAAUAGAACUGUGUUGUUUUAGAACGUUUUAUGUUUUUGUGAAUCUACAGUUUUUUGGUGCUACAGCGUUUUUUGAUUGAUUGCAAAGCAGUAAAUGCGGAGGUCCUAAUUGGAAUCUUAAUGCUACAUAUUAAAUAUAAAGAAUUCAAAAUUUAGGAAAAAAACGGAAAUGACCAUAGUAUAACACCGCUAAUCAAAGAGCCUACGAACGGAGUAAAAGAAAUGACCGCACCUGAGUAUUUUCUUCGAUGGAAUGACCAUCAAAGCUUUUUAGUGGCGGCUUUCGAAGCACUAUUACAAACUGAAACUUUGGUAGAUGUAACUUUAGUUUGUGAUGGAUUGUCAACUAGAGCUCACAAAGUAGUAUUGGGUGCUUGCUCGCCAUUAUUCCAACAACUUUUCACCGAGAAUCCUUGUAAACAUCCAAUUAUCGUUUUCAAAGAUUUCACCAAUUGGGAAAUAAAGGCGAUCAUCGAAUUUAUGUAUAGAGGAGAGAUAUGCGUGAGGCAAGAACAGUUGCCGUGUUUGAUAAAAGCUGCCGAGAAUCUUCAGGUACAAGGAUUAACUCCACAAAAUCAAUUAAAUAAGAAGAGUAAAUUUUUCAUUAAUCAAACACCAACGCCUGCUACGUCUCCAAAUGAAGAUUUUGAUACUAUUUAUCUUCACACCGGAAGGUGCCCAAGUACGGUAGUAACUGUCCAGAGUCCCACGGAACAACCAAUUUCCCUUUCUUCUUGUCACUCUCAAACCAAUCUCGAAUCUUCUGUCAGACUUCCACAUAUGUCUCGACUUCCGUUCCCUCACGGUCUACCACGACCCGAAUGCCACUCACCAGUACCUAGAAGAAAACAAGCUCGACCUCGAAGACGAUCGGGAGAUCAACCUCAAGAUCUUUCGAUUCCAUCAUCUAAAUCGAAUUCUCCUUCUGUUGCUACUACCUCUGCUGCUAGUUCUACAGCUACUGCUACCACCACUGCAACUGCUACCGCUGCCGCUGUUUCUGUUACGGUUGUUGAAGAAGAAACUGCGGAGAAUCUUUGUAUAAAAAGACCGAAAGAACCUAGGAGAGAAGUGAAAAAAGAAAAGUCUAGGUCACCGGAAACGAGUAUUGGAAGUCCUGAAAUGGAUCUGAGCUUGCCCAGCACCAAGGAUUUUCGAACGUCUCCAAUUAAUAUGCACCACCCUGUAAUGAACCUCAAACAAGAAAUCGACAGUCAUUCACCUUUACCCUUCCCGCCCAUGCCGUCUAUUUCUGCGUUAACCAUGACACAGCCUCACAGUAAAUUUUUUGGACUCGACUCUCCCUUGGGAUUAUUUCCUCCUGUACUUGAAAGCUGUAGAAAUCCUUUAUUUGACAUACCAGAUCCAAGAUCAAUACCUGAUCAACAUGCGUUGGCCAAAAAGAAAAUGGGAAGACCAAAAGGUCAGCACUCAGCGCCUAGAGGAGGUCCACCAAGAUCAUGGACAAAUGGUGAACUAACUGAAGCCCUCCAACAAGUAUGGAAUAAAAAAAUGACCACUAGCCAAGCCUCAAGGAUAUUUGGAAUUCCAUAUAAUUCUCUUCUAAUGUAUGUUAGAGGAAAAUAUGGUAAAAGCCUUAAAUUAGAACAACUACGAAAAGACUGCAUGGGAAGUCCGAACAAUUCAAUGGAUAUCAUGAAUAUUGGAGGUAACACCAACAAUAGCAUUCCUGGUAAAAGUGAUAGUAAACCUGAACAAAUCCAGCCUAAUACUAGGCCGCCCAGUACGGAAGAUCAACAGUUGCCUCCACCAACAAUGUUCAAUCCCUUCCCUCACAGUUUCUUUCCCGACUUCGGAUCAGGGUUUCCGCUACCAGUAAGUAUGUUACACUUGCUGCCGCAAAGUGAAAAAAACAGAACAGAUCACUUCGCACAACAAUCGAUGGAAGAGGAUAAUAAAGAUAGAGCAAAAGGUGUGAACGAAGAAAUACAACAAGAUAUAUUCCGACCAUCAUCGCUCUUAGAUAGGCGUGAACUAGUACAACAAAACGGGCAGGACUAGAGCUAGUACAAUAUAAUAUAUAAAGAUUAAUCGUCCAAAUCAAAACUAUAUGAUAGAUUGAUCCAGUAGGUAUUGAAUAUUUCUUCAUCAUAUACCCUGUUAAUAUAAAUUGAAUUAUUUAGGGUUAAUACAAAAACUUCCAUGCUACCAUUACAAUUUGUUCAUUUUACCUUCAAAUCAUAUAAAGUAGAUUAGUACUCCACUACAAACCUCUUUAUAUAGUUUUUCAAUCAAAACCGUCCUUAUUAUGAGGUUACUUUGACUUGUUUUCAGUUUAAUAAUAGCAGAACUUGAUCUAAAUAUUUCAAAACCUUUUUUGCAAUGAUUUUAAAUCUAAUAUUUACAUAAUUAUAAAGCCUGUAUAUGGAAAAUAAUAAAAUAUGUUUUUAUUAUUAUAUAUAUAUAUAUAUAGUCUCAAACUUUUCUUUCGACCCUCUAGCGCUCAAAACCACCAAUUAAAAAACUGUAAAUGGCUACAAUGUGAAGUACCACAUAUUUUUUUCAGAAUUUAAACAUAACCUGGAAUAUUUCGAGGUGCAAAUUUUAAUUGGAUUACCAGAUAUAGAUCCGACAGUUUUUGUUACAACACUUUCUUGUGAGAUCAAAUUUUUUUCUGGGAAUCUCAGAGACUGUAAUUUUUUGCCAAAUAUUGCACUGAUUUAGACAGUAAUGUUCUGUAAUUACAAUUCCAGCCAAUCACUGCUGUGUGGUACUACUUGGGUCUUUGAUAUAUCACAAAUUCUGAAGUAAUUGGGUCAAAUGGUAAUCUUGACAUAAGAUCAAAGGUCUUAUAGUCUCCAUUAGACUGUUUUAAAAACAUCGACUAUUUUUUCUUAUUAAUAUUGAAAAUAUUGUUUGAAAUGACGAAAAAAAAAUCAUGAAAAAUUUAGAGAUGUUGAUAUUGAUAUUAAAAGGUUUUUUCUAACUUUAGAAUUCAUUAACUCUUUAACAAGUCAUCGGACUAGUUGAGUCAGAACAAAUUUUUGUAGAGACUGAACGCUCCACACAAAAAUAUUCUAAAUAUUUUUGAUAUAUUUACUUUUUCAAAAAGUUAUUUAAUGUUAACGAUGGAUUGAUUUAAAAUUCUUACAUUUUUCUAAUUUUCCGGCGCAAUAUUCAACUUUGUGAUGAAAUUUAAUAGGACUUUUUUAUAGAACAUCUAAUUUUCUAUAAUUUAUCUUUCAAAAAAUUUUUGAUAUUUUCUACAGAUCGUAAGUUAUUUGUAAAAAACCAAAAAUUUUCUCAAAAAGUUGUCAUUUGAAUGCUUAAAAUUAAUUAUAUUAAAUAAAUAAAUUUUCAACCUAAAAAUUGAAUGUUUAUUAUAAUCAAAGCAAUUUACAUCGUUUCACUAAAAAAUUUCCCUAUCAAUAAGGCACUUUUUUUCUGAAUUGAAUUAGAGCUAGCAAUAAGUAUCAUAAUUGCUUUUAAUUUUUAGUGGAACACUUAUUUUAUUGUUCAAUUAAUACUACACCAAGCUCCGCCACAUCAAUUACGACUGUUAAUUCUGUAAAAAAUCGCACACACUCUUUAAAACUAGCACAAGAAUUUACAUCUUUCUCAAUGAAUUCAGAAGGCAAAUCAAAAUCAUUGAAAUUAGAUGGAGAAUCUAUCGACACAAAGUCUAAUAUUGCAUUUAACUUGGAUGUUUUUACUUCAAAUUUCCUUGCCUUAAUUUUCAUUCUUUCCGACAGUUGACAUUUAUAAUCAUUUUUUUCACUUCAACUUCUACUUCAUUAUCAAACAAGGAAAUUAUAGCUAGCGUUUCAGUUAAAUACCAUAGAUGAUUAAUCAUUUUUUCAGUAGCAGCUUUUGAUAUUUUAGAGUUAACGGCUUCGUAUCGAAUUAAUUUUUGCAAAAAAGUAAGAUCAUGAUAUGGAGAAAGAAUAUCAGAAGGUGAAGAAAACCAUGCUUUCAUGUAAUUUGUAGUAUACUUCUGGAAAACUAUUUUUUUCAUAAACAAUGAGUUUGAACUCGACUCUAAAAAUAAACAUUUUCAGACAAUAAAUCACCUUCGCCAUCCAACGAGCACGACUCAUAGCUCCUGGGUGUUCCUAAAUUGAUCAGACCGGAAAUUCCGGUGUAAUUUGAAAAAUUCACUUAACCUAUUUUGACUGGCUUGGUGGCGAUCGACGUGGUUUUUUGAUGUUAAGAACUGAUUAGUUUUUGGAAUCGGUCGGUAAAGCCGUUUAAAAGUUAUUCCAAAAAAAACACAUUUAGUAGUUUUUUUAAGAUUUCUCAAAAUCGGUUCAAACCGUAGUCAAAAUCUAAGUUCAGUCAAGCCCUUUCUAAUGGCGUCAACCGCGAUCAAAUCGGUCAAGCCUUUCAAAAGCUAUAGGUUUUUAGUUUUUUGCAAAUAACUUACGAUCUGUAAUAACUAUCGAAAUUUUCUCAAGAAAUAAAUUAUAGGAAAUUAAAUGUUCUACAAAAAAAGUCCCAUCGAAUUUUCUCAUAAAGUUGUUGGUUGAGUCGGAAAGUUAGAAAGAUGUAAAAAUUUUAAAUCAAUCCAUCUUUAGCGUUAAAUAAAUUUUUAAAAAGUAAGUAUAUUAAAAAAUUAUAAUCUUUUUUUUUGUAAAACGUUCAAUUCUCGAUAAAAAUAUGUUCUAACUUAAUUAGUCCGAUGACUUGUUAAAGAGAAAAAAAAUUCCCAUUUCAAUCAAAUGGGAAAUUGAAAUUUUCGAAAUAUUUCAAUAUUAAUAUAAAAAUGUGGUCGAUUUUUUUAACAGUUCAGUCUCUAUAUAUGUGCUUUAAUAGUUCUGCACAAUAUUUUCAACAAUUUCAAAAAAUCUUGUUCAAAUAAAACUCAAUUUCAAUGUCUUUUUAGCCUUAUAAAAUAAUAAUAAUCAAAUUGUACAAACAGUUUUGAAAUUUUAUUCUUUAUGUUAAAAAUUAGUUAUAUAUCUGCUUAAAUAUAAUUUCGCUCUUUUACAAAAUCACUAAUGAUGUCAAAUGAAAUAUUUCUCAUGAUUUUGAUGACAAAAAGAAAUGAAACGAACCUUCAACAGUUUUGCAUAUAUUUUCUCUUCCAUACUAAACUGGCUCAAUUUAUCAAAGUUAUAAAAUAAUGAGGGCAAUAUUAGAAAAUAUAUAUUGAGUAGAAAUUUGUAAAAAGGAUAUGGCGAUAAAAUGGGUCUUCAUAAGAGGGACCGUUCUGUUAUUGACUUGAUUAUGUUUUUUUUUGUGAACCACAAAGAUCAAUUUGUGGUAUUGUUGGUUGAUGUUUAUUGAUUAGAAUAAGCUGUCGUGCUUCCUGAUUUUCAGAUGGGUGUUUGAAAAUUUAUUCACAGAGUUAUUUGCUAAUAUCCCAAAUAAUAUAAAAUAUCCAGUCUUAUAAUUGACAGUUAUUACAAACCAGCAGUACAAAAUACUGACAGCCAAUUUGAUAUUUUCAUUCUAUCCACAUGAUAAAUAAGAUUCUAUAUAUUUACAAAUUAAGGAUUAUGUCAAUAGAGUCCUUCCACAUUAUCUAUUAAUAAACUAAUUUCUACAUAAAUAUGUUUUCAUUAUUAAAACAACGUGUGAAAUUGAGAUGAAGUAAUAAUUUUUUUGUUGUAUAAAUAUCCCAAAAAUUUCACCCUAUUAACCUUAUGCAAUUUUUUUCAGUUUAAGUUUCGCAGUUACUCAACAAUUAUGUUUCUCAUCAACAUUUCUGUUACUGCCUCUCCAUUUGCUUAAACCAGAAACUAUCAAACUCUUUUCUUAGUAGUCUAUUUUCAAAAUUUCUCUGGUUUCAUUACAAAUUUCUACCCACUAAACGACAAACAAUCUCAAGAUUAGAUGUUACGUUGGAAAUUUAAUUAGACCCCUGUCGAGUCUCCCGUGGAUCUAGAACCUUCUUCUCUUAUACACAUAAUAAUUGUACAAUAUGAGGUUAUGUGGAAAAUUUUGAAUAAGCCAUUCUAAAGCUGCAAAAAUAAGUAUUGAACUGAAUCUAUCGACAUACAUAAAUGUAUAUUAAUUAUGAGAAGCUCAUAUUGUCACAUUUUAAUAAAAAACACAUUGUUUUCUUCUACCAUUCCAAUAUCCAAUUACUAUCUUUGUGACUUUUACUUGCUUUUCGAUUGAAUAAUAUCAGAAACUUUAAAUUUCUGUAUCUACAACUACCUCCCACUAAAUUUUUUACACACUUCUAGUUAAUUUGUCUAUAAUGGUGUUCCACUAUACCGUAUGUUUCUGAGAAAACAAACCAUAGGAUUUCCCAAGGUUACUAGAAUAAUAGAAGGUUUGUGACAUGCUCAUGCUUUUGUAAACAAACGAUAAGCUGCUAGAACACCAGCUACGUCAUUAUGUUUACAAUUUUGUUUAUAGUUUUAUGUCAAACAGAACCUCACUAACAUUAUGUUCGAGUUAUGAGGAUGUGUGUUAUCUCUUGCUGAUCUGGAUAUACAAACGAAUAUAUUUCUAACUGACGAAUUUAUUGAGCUGUCACUUGUCUACUGCGCAUCUUGUUAUUGUUACAAACCUUCUAUUAUUCUAGUAACCUUGGGAUUUCCCAUGUUACCAUGUAAGCUCCAUGUUAUCUUCGAGUCGUCUACCUGCGCGGUCGACCUUCUCGCUCCGCGGUCGACCUUCUCGCUCCGGGGGGGCGGUUGACCGCCGACCUUUUCGGGUCAGUCUUUCUACCUCGAUUUUAUUGUUGAUAUGCUAAAUAACAAUAUUUUUGUUCAUUUUUUAUAUUCUUGCUAUUUUUAUAAAAGCUAUGAAAUUACAUUUAUUUUGGUUUUUGAAUAAAAAAAAUUCGAACAACUUUAUCAAAAUAGCAUUUUAUGACAAAAUAUUUAUUAAACACUAAAUGAAGAACAUUAAAAUAAAUAGUACUUUUCAAAUCAAAGCUUUUAAACCAUUUCAAACAUAAUUUUUGGUUAAGAGGACCAGAAGGUGUUUCACAUUUUUUUUAGAACGCUAGGUGCCCGAGAACGAUUUUUAAACUACAUAAAAAAAACAGUUUCAAGCUAUUAAUCAGACCUGUAAUUUGUUAAAGUUGUUCGAAUUUUUUUUUAUUCAAAAACCAAAAUAAAUGUAAUUUCAUAGCGUUUAAUAAAAUAGCAUUAGAAAGAUAAGAAAUUAUAAACAAAAAAAAUGUUAUUUGAUGUAACAACAAUAAAAUUCAGGUAGAAAGACUGACCUGAAAAGGUCGGAGGUUGACAGCCCCUCAGAGCGAGAAAGUCGGCGACCCGAAGUUAACAAGGAGUUAAAUGGUAACAUGGGAAAUCCUAUGGCCGGUUUCCUCAGAAACAUACUGUAUAUGUUUUCAAUGUGUCUUUUUAUUUUCAUUUUCAUUCAUUCAAAGAUCGCUGUGUAUAUUUUUGUAUUUGUGUUUGUACUAAUAAUUUCAUAGAUAAAUAACUACAAAACAAAACACAAUUAAUACACAAAUAAAAUAAUAAAAAAUAGUAUAAACACAAAUAAUUGCUGGUAUCGUUUUCAGAUGUCCUUAUGGAAUCCUUUGAGCAAUUUCAAACAUCCUGUCGUUAUCUCCUCCUAAGAAUGAACCUGAAUACUAAAAAGUUGCUACUGCAUAGUAUUCGGUUUGUUUUAUAUUGAAUUUUCUUCGUCAACAUUUAUUUAUGGAUGCAAACAUUUUUAAGCUUGAAUUAUAAAUUUUAUUAACAUAUCUGAGAUCUCUAUAUCGUCUUGUUAGUUCUGUCUAUUUUGUUAUUAUGGUACCUUUUGUGGACAUUUUAUCUAUUUAUUUUACUCCUUUAUCAAAUUGAAAUUGUUAUGUCAUCAUUUCUACCGAUUACCGAUCAUUUUUUAUUAUUGUCGUCAUUUGACUUGGUAUCCUUUGUUUUUAUAAUUAUCUUCUAUAAGUGCACAGUCAAAAACUCUUUUGAUACAUACUUGUUACCCUGAAUAUUUUCACCUAACUUUGGUUGGUUUUCGAACUUACAUAUUUUCUCUUAAAUUGUAGUUUCAAAUCAACUAUCUGUUGUAGUCCAUUAAUUUCGUACUCCCACAAUGUUCUUAUUAUAACAUAAUUUAUGAAAAUGAAACUAAUUCCAUAUACAGAAUGAGUUUUAUCUAUGGAACACCUCAAUUAUCUCGGAAACGGCUUGUACGAUUUUUUAUAUGAUAUUUAGAUGGCUACAAUUGAAUAAACUCGUUUAAUUUAAAUAUCCUAUAAAAAUUCAGGUGCUAAUACACAUCUCGUAACAUUUUUCCAUCAUUAGGUCUGCAAACUCUUCAGGUCUAUUAAAAUCGUUAUCUGACAACUUUUGAACCAACUUUACUUUAUAUGGAUGGAAUUUAUUAACACGUAAAAUUUUCUUAAAGGAUGUGUGCGAAAUAUCAAAUUUUCUGGAUAGUACUCAAAUGUGGAUCGUCUUUUAACAGGACAUAUAAGUUUUCUUUUAUAAAUGAUGUUUCUCAAGCGACCCCACAGGAAAUUGUCUAAAGGAUUCAUGUCGGUUGAUCGCGGGGGCCAUUCGAUAAAACCACGCCUUCUAAUUCAUCUUCUAGGUAUUGCUUUACCAAACACCCCGUCAGUUUUUCGGGAUAUUGGGUGUGAGAUUCACACAUCCAACAAGGAUUGUUACGUAAUCAGUAUCUGCAAUUAUGCUGAUUUACGUUUCCAUUGAUACAAAAAGUGGCCACAUCGUAAAACAUAACAUUACAAAAAAUUUUGGAUAGUUUUGAUUGUAACAUUUUCCCUUAAUAAGGUCUACAAACUCUUCACUUCUAUCCAAAUCGUCAUCUGACAAGUCUUGAACCAGCGUUACUUUGUAUGGAUGGAUCAUGUAAAAUUUUCAUUACCGAUGUUAGCAAAAUAUCCCUGGAUAUUUGUCACUCAAGUGUAGAUCGUCUAACAGGACACAAACAUCUAUUGAUUUGUUUUCAGUUGAUGCAGUUUUUCUACGCCCUAGUUUGGAUAAAUCUUUCACUGAACCAGUUUCGUUAAACUUUUUUACUAAUUUACUGACAGUAGAUCUUGUGGUGGGUUUCGGUUAGUUCGUUUUACUUAAUUUGAAAUAUUUGAAUCUAAUAUUUUACAUAUUAAGAGGAAUGAAUAUUUUUGAUUGAAUGAGUUUAAAAUAAGAAUAAACACUGUCAACUUUUUUGUAUGUGUAUGGUAUAUUAAUAUUAUUAAGGGAAAUUGGCAAAUACUUCUGGGAUAUUUUAACACCUUUAAUUUUCCGGUAUUAAUCGAAAGAGAUUUUCAAAUUCCGAGACGAAAUGUACAUAUAACUUCAUUUUAAAAUAUAAUGAUAUCUUCUCUCGGAAUUUGUCGUAUUAUAAGACUGAUAUAUCAUAUUGCCAACGUUCCAACAUAGAUAUUUUUUAAUCUACAACAUUUUUCUUUUACUAAUACCACUUUACACAGUUCCUCAGAUAUACAGAUUUUUUACCAAAUAUAUACUCAAUAUUCUAUAUUAUACAAAGGUUUUUUGUUCACUCCUCCAUAUUAUCUCGAUGCAGUAGAAAAUUCUCUACCUUUCCUUAGAAUCUCAAAAUGUCAAACGUCUUGUUGAAAAGAAGGAAAAACUUCUUUGUAUAGUGAAAGUUUUCUAAUUUCGUUUAACAUAAAUAUUUUGAUAUAAAUAUACCGUGAAUCUACAUAAAUACGUUUAAUUAAAUAAAGCUAAAUUCAAAAAUUAUUUGAUUUGUUUUUCUAGCAUUGAGAAAUUUUCUAUUUCUGACUUAUCCUAUACAAAAAGUUAUAGAAAAUAAAUUUAAACUAUCGUCUCAAGACAUUCAUAAUACUUAAUUAGUACCUAGAAAAAUAGAUUUCAGUGAGCCCAUGUUUUAUUGACCAAACAAAAGCUUUUGAUAGAGUACGUUUAAGGACCUGACAAAUAUUAUAGAAAAAAAAAUAAUACAAAUCAUAAAUUUUCAAAUAUUUUUAUAGAAUUGAAUAAAGGACAUUGAACGUUAAUCAAAACCAAAAUAGGUCUCUCCAAAGAACUACAUAUUAUGGAUCGGGAUAUGACAGGAAGACAGCUUUAGUCAUAACUCAAUUGGUAUAACUCAAAAUCAUACAAAGCGUCAACAUGGUCAACGUAGCUUCCAGAAUGGGAGAUUAAUUUUUGAGAAUGUUAUGAGAUGCGGAUGAUGGAGUACUAGUGGCAGUUAAUGAAGAUGAUUUACAGCGCGAUGAAGACAACGACAGAAAAAAAUAAUAUGAGAAUUUAGACUGAGAAGACCAAUCAAUGGUUAGGCAUGUUUGACAUAAAGUCGCCGUUUCUUUUGUUGGAAGAUAUUGAUGUGUUAUGCGCGUGUGCAGGGCCGGAUUAAAAUUUAUAAGGCCCGGAGCUGAAAUAAUGAUGCGGACCCCUUAAGGAAUUCGGAAACCCGAAAGAAUAAUAUCAAUACGUUAGAUUUCUGGUAUCAACACAAUACAGAUUGUUUUCCAAAUGGUGGGGCCCUUUUGGAUCCGGAGCCCGGUGCUAUAGCCCCUCAAGCCCCUAGCUUAAUCCGGCUCAGUACGUGUGUCCAAUUUUUAGACGAUUAAAGAUUACUUGUUUUCUUCUUUUUUGAGUAAUGGCAGUUUGGUUUUAAUUUCGGGUAUUAUUUGUUUUAGUUUUGUUUCGGCUUCUUUCCAGAUUGAUUGCCAUUUAAAAGCUGUGUCUCUAUUUUUUUAGUAAGUCGUAUAAUCUUUUAGGUAAACGUUUGUAUUAUUUUUUAGAUGGGUUUUUUGAAGGUAAAGUAUUAGGGAGAAUAAUUCAUUUAGGAGUAGUUUUAUUUGUUCGUGAUGGCACCAAAAGUCGUUUAAAUUCCUUUGAUCAAUAAUCUGUAGUUGAAAUGUUGAUAGUAAAUAAUUUUUUCUUAAGUCUUGUGAUAUUAUUUUUUAAGGUUUUAUUUUGUAUGUUUUUAUAGAUAAAAUUGAGAAUUUCGAGUAAUUCGUUUGAAUAAUCUGGUGCGAUUAUUUCAGGGUAUGCAGCAUUAAUAGUGUUUUAUAAAAAAUCUCAUUGAAAUUUAAAACAAAAGGUGGGCUUCGGUUUUCAAUCUGAUAUUUAAUUGUCUUUAGUAAGGUGGUCAGAUCUUCACUAGUUUCCUUAUAUUUUUUUGGUUUCUUUUUGAUUUGAGUUUAGUAGGUUGAGCGAAAGUGAUGGGGGGGCUAUCAAAAUAUUCAGGUGAUGUUGAAAUUUUUCUUUUUGUAGUGAUAGGAGUGUUGGUGCUUGAAUUUAGUGUAUUCUGUCUUAAUGUGGGCUUGCAAAACUUGACGACAUUUGACGAGGUCGUUGUUGUGGGUGUUUGAGGUGUGGUAGGAACUUUUGGGAUAUUUUUGAUGAUUGAAGCUGAAUAUUCUCUGUUGUCGUCUAUGGUGUGGCUUCUAUUAUGUUCUCUGUUUCUUCUGUAGCAAUUUUUCAUUCUGUCAGAAUCAUUUCUUCUGUAGUGGUAUGUGUGUCUCUUUGUUUCAAAAAGGUGGAUUAUUCAUGACCUAUGUAUUUGGAAUAAAUUUUCAAUGGAAGAGAUAAAAAUUUGUCUCCGAAAGCUUAAUACGUGGCUAUAAUCUGCUUUAGGCAUUCCUACAUAUAGGAAUGUCAUUUUUGAUACUGUUUUUAUUCCCAUAUUUUAGAUUUUUUCUUCGAUUUGUGAAUUGGGUAUUGUUGGGCAUACGUUUGAUAUAACAAAUAUACAUUCGGUAUCGAUUUUAUUUAUUUUUAUUGAUUUAUCGUGUGGGAUUAGGUAAUCAACUGUUGUUUUGGAGGAGAGGUAGAUACAAAUUCUGUUAAAACUAUGGAUCCAACAUCUACAAUGUAGUCGUGAAUUUUGGCUCCAUUAUUUAUGGGUGGCUAGUAUGUUGGAGAAUUUUCUAAGGCCGACUCUGUCCCUGGUUAAUUUCCGUCAAUUAGGACAGGUUCCGAAAAAACCCGUCGGAAAUCCCUCGCAAUGAAACCAGAUCUAAAAAGGUAAAAUACUUGUGGAUCUAAUACACACUGUGAUUAUCCGUGAUCACUGGAUGGUCACUGCAAUUAGGUUAAGAUAGACAUAAGAUGAUUUGUUUUCAAUUUUAAUAAAAGCUUUCAAAAAUUAAACAAGACCGAAUUAAACGUGGUAUUAUCAACCAAAUUCAGGACCGGCCUUCUUGGAAGAACUUCUUUGUACUAAAUAAAGCAAAUUAUUUUGAAUGUUUUACAGUGUUAAUGUCAUUCGGAUUUUUCCACUUUUCAGCAAUUUGACAUAUACGUAAGAUUGUUUUGAGGCUGAUAUUCUACUGUACUUGAUAAAUAUGACUUACUUUCAACUGCGAUACUUGUGAUUUUUUAUGAACAGUUUGUACAGUAUACAGAUUAUAUAUAGCUACAGUAAUUUGUUCGACAGAUAUAUUUUUGAUCUCGUAAGAUCCCGGCUUUUCAGUAUUUUUAUAAUAAUUACAAUAACAAUAUGGUUACAGAUAUGAACUUUUUAUAAUAUUACCAUUUACAGAUUUAAAUAUAUUAUGACUAAUAACUUUACAGUUGGAACAGACUGAAAUUUGCGUUGUUUUCUGAAUAUAUAUAUAUAGAAGUAUUUUUUCCCGGCAUUAAAACAGUUUUCAGUUGUGUUUAUUGAAUAUUUGGCAAAAUGAUUCGAGAAGAAGCGGAUUACCGGACUAAUCAGCCUUUUUAGAAAAACAAAUAGUUAAUGCUCCAAUUUACAAUUACUAUCUAUAAACCUCAUCUAAAAUAAGCGUAUUGAAUUAAAUUUCCUUCGCCAUAUCACGUGAAUAAUGACAAAUAUUAUAAAAGCGCUGCAAUCAAUCACAUUAAAUGAUAAUUUUUUCACUCACUGAAAAUAGAAUUAUUGUAUCCCAAAAUUGAAUAGAAAAGGGGGGCAAAAUUUGAGAAAAAAUUGAUAAUACAUGAAAUGUGAAAUGAAACGAAUUUAUAACUGAUGUAUUAUGUACAAGAAAAUACCAUAUUUUCAAUCCAACAAAGAUAAUUAACGACUCAUUACAUCAUGAAAUAUGAAAACGAGAUCAAAACAUUAGCUCUGAUGUAAUCUGAUCAAUCUAUGCCAUAUUGUAAUGGAUUAGUAGAUGCACAACUACUUCAUCAAAGUAUUCAUAUCCAACAGUAACCAAUUCGAUAUUUGCAGGUUCUAUUUAAUUGUCUUUUAUUUCUUAUCGUCGUCAAAAAGCCAUAUAAUCAACAACCAUAAUAUUUUCCACAAAAUAGCAAUAAAAAACUAAGGAGAUUCGACAUAUUCCUUUCAGAACGAGGUUAUCACUGCUGGUUUGAAUAUCUGCAAUGGCAGCAUGUCACUUUUCCAUAGUUUCGAUGACUAUUCAUACGCAUAUAUAAAAUGUUGAAUUGUGAAUUUAUAGGUAAUAUAUAGAUCUUUUAACUCGCUCGCUUUAACUGGAAAGUGAAAGGCGACUCUAUCGAGUAAUCUAUCUAGUAAACGUUCCUUCACAUUUAAAAAAAUUAUGUUCUAAAUGUCACUUUUCUUAUACUAAAUCUUCAAUGCUGUUUUUUUAGAAUAAUUAAUGGGACUAUUAAAUCCCAUUUCAAUGAAUAUAAAAGAGUUAUGGUUACACUCAGUCUUUCCUCUUUCCAUUAUCCUCCAAAGGAUAAAGUGACACAAUUUUUAUUUUAUUCGGUAGUUGUUUCCAUGCUUGCAGAUCCUGUAUGAUCUUUUCGGCAUGAUACAGUUACUUAUUUAAUAAGGAUUUUGUUUGGUCUACCCAGUCUAGUUGGAGAUCUACCUCUUGCCUUCUACUUUCCCUUCUAUGAUCAAUCGUUUCAUUGUUCCUGAUCUUCUUGCUAUAUCUCCCACGUACUGCAGCUACAUGCAGUUUAUUCUGGUUAGCAGCCUUGUACGUUGACCAAUUUCUUGUAAUACGGAUAUGUUGGUACGGUGUCCUGUCCAUGAUACUCGUAAGAGGUUUUUAUCUGCGUUGUUUAAAGUCAACGUUUCAACUAGACGGAGCUUCGUUGUUUUCGUAAUAGUUUUGUCUUUCUAUUUUUUAUUUAACUUGGUAGUCGCUGAUCUUGCCUUUCCCAGAGUGUUGGUUAUUAAGGAACCAAGAUAGUUGAAAUUGUUUACUACUUCGUAGCUGCAAUUUCUGAUGUUUGUGGUGAAUUGUUGUCUUGUCUAUCAACUAUCAUUAUUUUCGUUUUGGAUUUAUUUAUUUUUAAGCCAUAUUUUUCGCUGGUAACAGACAGUCUAGUCAUAAUUUCUGUUAUUGCUGGUAUGGUUGACGCUAUGAUCAGUUUGCCAUUGGCGUAGUGCAGGUUCCUCCUUCCUCCAAUUGAUCUUCCGUCUUGCCACUCAUCUAGAACCUCUCUCAUGACGUAUUCGCUAUAAACGUUAAAUAAUGUAGGUGAAAUCCUGUCUAACUCCUGCGGCCGUUUUGAAGGUCCCCGUCGGCUCUGACUUUCGCGUUGUUUUUCUGAUAGAGGCUGCGCACUAGUUGAACCAGGUGUUUUGGCGUUCCCAUUUCUUCCAUUAUGGUCCAAAGAUAGCUCCAGUUAACUUUAUCAAACGCUUUUUGAUAAUCAACAAAACAGAAAUACAGUGGAAUAUUAACUUCUCUAGCCUUUUCAAUAAGUUCUCUGAUAUUUAAUAUUUGAUCCCUGGUACAAAACCUGCUUGCUCCUCUGAAAGCUGUGGCAAAAUAAUUGGUUUGAGACGGUUAUGGAAGAUAUGCAGGAAGAUCUUACUAGUGAAAUGAGAGAAACCGUUCUGUAGCUGCUGCACGAACCUUUUUUGAAUAUUGGAAUAAACAGCGAUUCUCCUCAAUCUCAGACCACUGUUCUCUUUUCCAUAUAAAGCUACAGGUUUUGGGAAAUAUUUCUAUUCUCUCCUUGCCCACAGCCUUUAAGACCUCUGCCGUUAUUUGAUCCGUACCUGAUGAUUUUUUAUUUCACAGAAGUUUUAAGGCAUUUUCAACUUCCGCUUUUAGUAUAUCAGACUCUUAACAGGUAGUUAUUUCUUCUUGGAGUUGUUCUUAAUUACCUUUGUAAAAUUUUCCACAAUAUACUUUCCAAACAUCUGUUAUACCAUUGACGUCAUUUAUAAUUUUCCCUCCUCAUUUUUUUAUUACUUGGGAGCGCAGUUUGAAUUAUUUGGAAAGAUAUCUUACUUUAUUAAACAAUUCUCGAGACACUCAGUACACAAUUAUCAUGAUUUCAUUCGUAUAAAAACUUAUUCAUUGCUCUUUGCAAGAAUGACCACUUUUUAUACAAAUUUAGAACUUAUUUCAUGGUAACAACAGCGAUUGAAAAUAUUUUAAGUUUUUAGAGAAAAUUCAAAAACACAAUACGAGUUUAUAAUAGUUGCAAAAAACAAAUUCGAUGUUCGAGAUUAAAAAUUUUUACCCAUAGAAAUUGAAGCAUUAACUAUUCAAUAAAAUAAUGUUUGUACAAAAUAUGUGUUGACUAUGUGUAUGUAUGGAAAAAACUUACUGAAUUAACUGUGAGAAAAAUAUAUAUUAAGUUCGGUGUAUGACAAAAAAAAUUAUUAAAUCCAUUAGGAAAUUGUAAAAAAACUAAUAUUAGGCGAGAAACAUAUAGGUAUACGGUCAACAAUGUACAAAUAAUUCUAUAUGCGUUUAUUUUGACUGCAAGUUGUUCUACAAUCAUAACCGCUUCAAAAUGGACAAAGUAUUCAAAAGAAAAACGUUUGGAAACGCCCUGCAAACAAGUUUAAGUAUACGAGGUGUACUUCGUCUGCAUGAACACUUUGCUUAUAAGUUUUUUGAAGUGCGUUUACCUCGAAUAAUCUAUUUGGAUACUUUCCAUUUUUCUUAAAAUAAAAAUUAUGUGAUAUUAUACAUGUAUGGAAUGCACUUUGUUUCAUCAUAUAUGCAAUCUAUACACAUUAUUGCGUUCAAUGCAUUUUAUUGAUAAACAUUAUUAAUUCAAUAUAUCGUAUUUUCUAUUAAUAAUUUCAAAUUAUAUUGUGGUAAAAUUUUUAUUUCAUAUUUCUAAUCUGAAAGUGUAUUUUGAUUUUUCUCGGUGUAUAUUUUUACUUACUAAUUAUUUUUAAUAAGAAAUAAGGAGGUAUUUUCAAUUAUUAAAUAAUCUUUCAAACGGAAAAAUAAUGAAAGCUACUACAGGAUCAAAAAAUUGCUCUAACUAAUCAUUUUCGUUUGGCUGCCAGUCCUGCAGAAUUAAAAUAAGGUAAAUAAACGCAAGCAAUAAAAAUUUUGAAUUAAAAAUAUUUAUUACAUAAUGUGAGAAAAGUUUUACCAAACUGCUCCAAAAGAUCAGCUGUUCUGGUUUUCUGUUAAACGAUGUAAAUUCAUAUAAAAAAAAGUUGUAGGUGUGAUAUUUGGGUGAAUCGCUUUGAUCAAGAUCAAGAUCAAGUUUUAAUGAUGAAUAUUUGAAAGCACGCGUUCAUUUAGUCUAAUAAUUUCUAUCAUGUUUCUCAAUUAUAUACAAAAUUUCAAUUCCAUCGAUGAAAUAACUUUUCAUAUAGUGACUAUUAAAAAAAAGGCCUACGAGAUGUCAUUGACUUCGCGAACGAUAUUUUCUUUCAGUUCAGAGAUUGUCGCCGGGCUUGUUUCGUACACUUUACUUUUGAGAUACCUAACCUAACCUAACCUAACAGAAAAAAGUCCAUGGGGGUUAAAUCGGGGGACUUGGAUGGCCAAGGGAUAUCACAGAAAAGGCAAAUCAAUUUGCUAGGGCGUGAGGCGUGGCACCAUCUUUGAAGUGAAGGCAGAAUUUUCUCCCAAUGUUGGAAAUAAAUAAUCGUCAACCAUUUACUUAUAAGCAACACCAUCUAUGGAGAUUUCUUGCCCUUGACGAUUUUCAAAAAAAUUGAUUCCAGUUAUUCCCCUGCCUGACAACGCACACCAAACCGUCGUUUUGGUACUGUGGAGUGGCUGUUGAUGUUUUAAGCGGGGGGGACCAAUAACGACUUAUUUAUACUUCGAUUCAAAUGAAAAUGGGCUUAAUUAUUCCAAAAGAUAGUGUUCACUGUGCGAAAUCGCUCCCACAUUGUCAAGCGUUUGCACAAUUUGAAUUUUACAUGGAAUAAAUUUAAGAUCCUUCUUCAAUAUUUCGUGCACUAUAGUUUUUAGAAGCUCCAAGGUAGCGAACGGACUGACGCGGAUUAUCGCACAAACUUGCCGAAUGUUUUCAUUUGUUCUCGACGCCUUGCUGGGUUCUGGUCGUGGGUUUGUUUCUACUGAACUUGUUACUAGGAACCUUAGCAUCCAUGGGGCGUUACGUAACCGUCGAAUAUUGUAACGUGGACAGAAUCUUCUGCCCCGUUCCCGUUAAUGUUUAUGGAGAAAAUCGAAAAUCAAAUCUUAAUUCUGCAACCGGACAACCCUUAUUUUCAUUAUAUUUUGAAAACACAACAAAAAGCUUCAAAUCAAAAUUGAUAUUUUAUCCUAACCUAACCUAACCGCCAGAAAUUGUACAAACAAUAUAUAUAGAGUGCCCAAAAACAUAGAUUUUCAAUAGAUUGGAAGAUUGGGUAUCAUCUCAACAAUAUACCCAACAAACUUAAUUCUUAACAUCUUAUAUUUUUGUGCUUUUGAGAAUUUACUUAUCCAUUAAGAGCAAAUAACAUUAUUCGCAUCCGGUUAAUAAAAGUUAAAGUACAGGGUGGAUCUCAAGGAGACUUGAUGCGUCAAUAAAAAUUGAAUUUGGAUAUUGAAAAUACACAGAGUGAUCAACUUAAAUAAUAAACGUAAUUGGAAAUAUCUUCUUUAAUUUCAAAAUAAAGAAUACUAAAAAUUAUUACUCAUAACAUUUUCAGGUUUGAUUUGAUUAUAUGAUAUAAUGAAUAAUCACGCUGAUUAAAAUAUAGAGUACACUAAAUAGUUUUCCAUACAUUAAAUAUAUUCAAACUUGUUCAAAUAUGCUUUUAAAUAGUAUCUGUACGAUCUAUAGCAAAUAAGCACAUUUUCAUAGAUUUCGAAAUCUAUGCAGGGUAUAAAUGAGUUCAAAACUUGCAGUUUCAAACAAUUUAUUCAAUAAAAAUUCAAUUUACAAAAAUAAGGACACAUCACUAGAAUAAUAAUUGUUUAUUUCGUAAUUUGAAACAACAUGUUAUCAAAAAUAAAA